UAGAAUUAAAGUUUGUCUAUGGUAAGCCAAAGAAAGGCGAAGCUAAACAAAAGGCUAGCAUGUAGAUAGCAUUUCCUAAAAUAACAGUAAAUUUUGCGUAAAUACUGACUCGAAAGACUUAAUUUAACGAUAUACUAAAGUGAACUAAUAACUUUUAUUACGUGUGUAUCAUUUAUGUUCAUAAAAUGAAGCACAAUGCAUCGUGUAAUGGUGGCCAUUAAAAGUAAUAAUUAUGUAUAUUGGCAUACUUACUGCUCUACGGACCAGCAAAUAAACAUCUAAAGGAUUACAGUGACUACUUUAUUGUGAAUUACAACUGAACAACAUGUAAACCCAAGUGAUAUUUGUGUUAUGUGUGAAAGGAACAGUGCCUAGUGUAAAUAGACCAUUUGGCACGAACCAUGGCCCAGAAUCAGGGGGAGGUUCAAGUGGGAACACCGAGCCAACCCGUGAAGGAGAAAGACAUUUACGCCUGUUUGCCUGAUAUGCGGACGAACGGGCCACUUGGACCCGACGAACCGUGUCCUGGUGGUGAAGAACUCCGCUGGUUGCCCGCGCAGGCUACAGACCGUGAUCUGGUUAUGUACUUGCGAGCUGCGCGCUCUAUGGCCGCAUUCGCUGGUAUGUGUGACGGAGGCUCCCCAGACGACGGGUGUGUCGCAGCAAGUCGCGACGAUACCACUAUCAACGCUCUGGAUGUGCUUCAUGACUCAGGGUACGACCCUGGUCGCGCUUUACAAGCUCUUGUCAAGUGUCCAGUUCCCAAAGGAAUUGAGAAAAAGUGGACAGAAGAAGAAACAAAAAGAUUUGUCAAAGGAAUUCGGCAAUUUGGUAAGAAUUUCUUUAAAAUUAGAAAAGACCUUUUGCCUCAUAAAGAUACUGCUGAGUUAGUUGAAUUUUACUACUUGUGGAAGAAGACUCCUGGUGCUAGCAGCAAUAGGCCGCAUAGGAGACGACGCCAGGCAUCUCUCAGACGUGUGCGUAAUACCCGCAAUUCUCGUGCUGGGACUCCCAAAGAGCAGACUCCUGAAGCUACACCUACAGUGCCAGAUACUAACGGUUCAAGACCUUCACCCAAUCCUAAAGAAGCUGGCGAGAUGAGUUCAGUGACAGAAGAUGAAAAUUCUGAAGAAGACAGUGAUUCCAGAGAUGCUGGUGACUUAGCUAAAGUAGACACUGUGAGGCCUGAAAACCCAGAGGACUCUCCAAGUCGAAUGAGAACCCGUAAUAAAUCUAAAGAGCAAAGUGCACCCAGCACUCCCAAUGGAAAGAAAGGUCAAGAUGAAAGUGAUAAUGAUUCUAAGCCUAAACCUAAACCUAGUAAACCAAAUGUACAAAGUACCAAUAACAAUACAGCUGAAAAAGUAAUAUCUUCUCCAGUGAGCAAAGAUAUCAAGAAAAAGGUGGUUACAAAUGGUAAAGUGGAUGUGUCCAAAGUAAAGAAACGUCUUCCAGAUGAUACAAAGCCAGAGAUUUUAGAUGGAGAUGUACAGAUGAAAAAGAAAAAGGCAUUGGAACCUCCAGAUAGUCCUGCAGAAAGUCUCACUAAUGAUAGUUUCCCUGCAAUGGAUGAAACUGAAACUCCAGAGCCAGAGCCAGAAGCUUGUGACUUCAGUUUUAAUAAGACUGACAAAGAGAGUUCUGAACAUAAUAAAGAACCAGAAGCAGAACAGCAUGUAAAAUCUGCUGAUCCUCUAGUUAAAAUGGAGAAUAAUACAGAACCUACCAUUAAAACUGAAAAGGAUCCCAUGCCUCCAAAUUUCCAAGUGGCUACUGAAAAAGAUGACCGUAAUGCCUUGGACCUUAAAACUGAUCCAAAUACAGUUACAAAUAAAAUACCGGAAAGCAUGGAACCAAGGCCUCUUGUUAUGCAAAAUCCUAUGUUUUCUAAAACAGAACUUAUUAUACCCAAAGUUACACCUAUGUGUACAGAUCCUAUUGAGAAAAUAAAAAUAAAGGAAGAAAUUGAUACAGAUGAAACAUUAAAUCUGCAAAAAGAGGACUUCCCUAAAGAUCCAUUAUCACAUAAUUUCACUGGACAUCCUGUGAACCAACCAAACAAACCACUUAAUUUGGAAAACACUAAUUUCUUUGUGAAAGACAGUCACAUAUACAAUCCAAAAUUAGGUCACAGUAUUAAAAUUGAAAAUGUGUCUAAUAAUAUCUUCAACCCAUUAAAUAUAACAAAAGACAGCUCAAUUAUAAGAAGUGCAAAAGAUUUUGCAUCUGGCAUGCCACCAUUUUCAUAUCCACCUAAUAUGAACUUUGGAAAUGAUCCUUCAAAGCAUAAUCCACACUUAAAUCCACUUAAGACAGUGAUAAAACUAGAGCCAAGAGACGAAGCAAGUGAAAUGAAAAAUCAAAAUACACCUGAAAUCUUUACUGCAACUAUUUCUUCAUCUAAUAAAGUAGAUUCACCUAAUGCACCUCGGUUAGACUCAUUACAAAGAAUGAGUCCAACACCUACUAAUCCUCGAGGAUCAUCGCCACCUCCAAUGGAACAUCCAACAACUUUGAAUACGGAGCCAAUAUCACCAGCAAACUCGCAAGAGAAUAAAGAGUCUGAUGUAGACGAUAAACAACCAACUGACUUGAAGACGCAACCUGCACCUAAACAAGAUUCCCAGGGUAGCAACUUGAGGCCUCCCUCAUUUCCACAUCCAGUUAGACCAGAAAAUCUUGGAAUUAGAUCAACAGAAGCUUCUAUUACACCAGUUUCUGUACAAAAUAUGCCUCCACCACUCACUCAACCUUCCAUUGCUGGCUUGUUACCACCAGGACCUUUGAUAUCUGUUGGGAGUGGUGCUAAUGUUGGCCCAUAUGGUUUUAUGCCUACAGCAUUGUAUGGUCACCCUGGGCAUCCAGGUCUUGAUAAGCCCGGAUCAAUGCCACCUUUAAUGCCACAACAUCCACCCUCACACAGUAUACAGGGUAGUAAUCUGAUUCCAACACCAGCAAAUCAGACUGACUCAUCAAUGCCGCAAGAUUUGAAAAUCAAACAGGAAGUGCCUGAUAAUGUACCAGCUAAUUUAUCUACGCAGCAAGUUGAUCCACUUCAAUCACUCAAAGAAGUUAAAGUGCCAGGAUAUCCCAUUGGAAGUGCAAUAGCACAACACUUGAAUACUGAAAGAGAUAGAGAGUCAAUAUCUAGUGUGGAAAAUAACAGCAGACCUCCUAGCCAACCUGCUAAUGAAAACUCCAAUAUGCCUAGUGCUUUCCUUGGCCCCAGAAUUGAGAGUAUUAAGAAGGAACCUGACUUUUUACAUCAACCUCACUUGCCACCUACUUCAACAAGUCAGAGUAGCUCUGAAUCAACUAGUCACGUUCCUCCUGUGAAAAGUCCACACACGCCGACACCUAUUAAAAGUCAACCGGGACACAAUGGAACACCAAUGCAUAUUGCUCACUCGUCUGCCACAACAUCGCCUUUCUCAAGGCAUCUGACAAGUCCCUCUCAGCCAAGACAAAUUUCAGCAUCACCUGUUCAACCGAAUACGCCAGUAUCACAUUCGGCACUGAACUUGAUGAAUCCGACACCUCUAUCAAUACCAGCGACAAUACCUGGCCCUGUCAUGCAUUCUGGUCAGCAACCACACCCAUUUGCUUCGCCACUUCACCACCCACAUUUACUGCAUCCAUCUAUCUUUCAACUGUCUGCAGCGGCGGCUCAUGCUAUGCACCCCUAUUAUCCUCACCCACAUCCCGGAUAUUCAAUGCCUUAUCCUUAUCCUUAUGGGCCAUUACCCCAACCACAUCCAAUACCCCCUAUGCACCCUGCGGUGAGCACGGCAGGGCGCCAUGACCCAGUCAAACCUUCGACAAUAGAAUCAACGACGAUGCUCAGCUCGCAUCACAGUCACAGCACUAGUUCAUCAGUUACAACGCGAUCUCUUAGAGAAAUUUCUGAAAGCUCGGAAGAUCCAAGAAAUCCUAAUGCAACAACGGAAAGACAUCAACUGCACGAAACCACGAUGACUCAUCAUCAUUCAACGAGUCAUCACAGCGCGGUGCAUACCAGUACAGAGAAACAACCGAGCCAUGUUGGAGGUGGCACGAACCACACGUUAUCUAUAUCGCAUUCUACUUCGAGCAGUUCAUCGCAAUCAAUCCAGCAUAAAAUCAAUACACAGCAAAAGAGUAGUUCUCAUUCAAAUUCGCCGCACCACUUGUCGGCGAGCGUAUCUCAGACAACCAGCUCGUCAUCAAGCGUUAAUGUUACAAAUAACCAUAACCACACGCAUCAUCAUUCGCACCACUUGGCACACCACCCGGAGCGACUUUCUCCAGCUGAUUCCAUGCUAAUGCGGCAUCAUCCGAAAAUGCUUCCGGGUAAUCCAAAUCAUCUAAUGAUUCAGCCGCCUUCUAUGGGACACCCCAUGGGUCUUGGUUUGCCACCAGGCCCUGGCCCUAGUUCUAUUGAAAGUCUUCGGCUUCAUGCCCAAGCGGCUGCUGGACUUCAGGCAUCACAUCCUAGAUCUAGCUCACCACAUCAGAUGCCUCAUGGACAUCCACACUUGCGAGGUCCACCGCGACCAAUGCCGGACGAAAAUCCUGAGCUCAAACUAGAAACACAAUCACAGCCAGAAGAAGAAGAAAUACCAAGCCCUGCCCAUAUACCUCAUGGGCCGAGUCCUGAACCGAAGAUAGAGGAUACCGAAUGUCACAGAUCUCAAUCAGCCAUUUUCCUUAGGCACUGGAAUCGUGGUGAUUAUAAUUCAUGCACAAGAACAGAUCUCAUAUUUAAGCCAGUGCCAGAGUCCAAACUUGCUCGUAAGCGAGAAGAACGUCUUCGAAAACAAGCUGAGCGGGACAGAGAAGAAAGAGAAAAGAUUGCCCAACAAGCACAUAGAAAGAUAGCUACACCAGAAAAGCCAGAGACUAAGCCCCCGUCAAGAGGCGCUAUUGAAACGAUAACAUCCCCAUACGACAGAUUCCCAAGGCCGCCUGGCUACCCUGAUACACCUGCACUGCGUCAAUUAUCAGAGUACGCUAGGCCACAUGCUGGUUUUAGUCCAGGUAAUCUCCCGCGUCACUGUAUGGACCCGAUGCUCCAGUAUCAGCUCAGUUCUAUGUAUGGUGCUGCGGGUGCACGAGAACGGCUUGAAUUAGAACAUUUAGAACGUGAAAAACGAGAUAGGGAGAUACGAGAACUACGUGAACGUGAACUUAACGACAGACUUAAAGAGGAGCUACUGAAAAACAACGUAGGGCCGAGAGCACUCGAUCCACACUGGCUAGAGAUGCAUCGACGCUACGGUAUGCCGCCACCUCCGCCUCAGGGUGCGAUACCG